CUCUGUUUGUUGGCCAUAGCUCACAUUCGAGCAGCUCUCCAUGCUGUGUCUGAAGAUUGUUAAAGUCGUGACCCAGACAGCCCUCCGCAUUCUCCUACCAGCACUAGCUCGUAUCAUGGGGGUGAACCUGAGGAGUGGGGCAACCUCCCCAGAAUCCCAGUGCUCUCUGACAGGGUCUGAGGAUUCCUUAGGCGGUCUGGAUGAGAGAGAGAAAAGGCUACUGAUCAGUGAGAUGAACUACUGGACUAAGGAGAGGAGGAGGAAUGGCAGUGCAGGAUGCCGCCAAAAAUCCACUCACAGGACCUCAUCACCAUGCUGUUCGCCUAAGAGGUCCCAGACCUCAUUGCAGAGCUUGCCUGCAACUAGAGAGGCUCCCCUCAUGGAGGAGCCUCUGAAGGCUCUUUUUGGGGUAACGGAAGAGAGCCUUCUGAUAUCCCUGGUUGAGGGUCACUCCAACCCCACCUCCUCCAGCUCCUCCGAGUUGAGCUGUGCUAUCGUGGGGGAGGUGGUACACCAGCUUAACUCUGGCCUCUCAGUGGCCAUUCAGGCCAGCCCGGGGAGUUGCCCCCCUAUGGACAGUCAGGACAUAGCAGCAGGCAAGGAGGUCAUUCGGGUAGCCUCGGUUCAGAUCCUGGCCGAGCUACAGAGCCAAACAUCUGAGCCAGAGUGGGUAGGGUUUAUCGAGCCCCUCAUGGACCCUGUGACCGAUGAUGUGCUGGAGGCCAUUGUCGGCACAAUGGACAAAAUGGCACAGGACUUCAACAUCCUAUUGGAUCUGGCCAAGAAGAUGACAAUCUUGGGGUCUAAAUUUCUGACCAAUCUUCAAUGUGACCUAGAUGUUGAGUGUCCAUCUGGGAAGGAAGGGACCACUCACUUUCUCAAAGAGACUGGAUCCUCUACCAGUGUGGUGGCCAGAAAGAUUCAGACCCUCUCUAGCCCCGACUUUCAGUCUAAAGCCCUGAAGGCGGUGAGCACCAUCCUUACAAGGAAAGUCAGCAGCUCUUCUGGCAUGGCUCCUUCCUCUAGGCCUUCUAGUGCUGCUCCUAGCCUUACUGAAGCCCCGCUGAAUACCAGCUGCACAGCCCUGACAUCUGUAACCUCCACUGCCACAGUGAUUGUUAAGGCAUUUGUGGGAGGCAUGGAGACGAUAGCAUCAUUUGAAGACACAUGUGAAGCAGUUGAUUGGCCAGUUCCUGUAAAUGACCACAAAACAGGGUCUUCACAGAAGAUAACCUUCUCUCUAGCCGGCACACUCUAUGGCCGUAUACGAGCAAAGCUGAGGGACCUUUUAACUCUAGCCGCUCGAGAAGAAGGUGUGGCAAAGGAUGCUUCUCUUCGGGAGUCUUCAGACACCCUGGAAAAGGCAACUGUUUCAACUGUUGAGGUCCAGUUACCCAGCACCGAACACAGUAGAGUUCCCAGAGAGAGCCAACCAAUACCAGCUCUCUGUCUCUCCAAUCUGGAUACCAGUACUCAAGAAGUUCUUAGCAGUGUUUUUUCCAUCUACAAGUCAGAGUUAUCAAAAGUGGAGAGUAAAUCCUUAGCCGUUGUCAGUUCAUCUGAUGAGUCCCUAGAGGCUUGUUGGUUUGUUGAUGGUGUCCUAUCAAAGCUUGAUGACUAUACUAUUUCCCAGUCACCCUCACCCAAUGAAGACUUGAGCGUGAGUACUCAGUAUUCUCAACUGAGCUCAGAAGAGAGUGUGAUUCUGACAGAGUCCUCAACUAGUCUGAUUCAGAGCAUUAAGAAGCUCUCUAGCAAUGACUUUCAGACUCAGGCAGAAGAGGCAGUGAGUAAAGUGCUGAUGAGAUCCAGUCAUUCCUUUAUCACACAGAUCAGCCAUACUGGUCUUCAGAAAAGUCUGCAGGCUGGCUUAUCAUCUAGCUCACCAUCAGAGAUCCAUGUCCUUUCAGAAUCCAUGUCCUCCAUGUCCUCUCAGAAUACAGCCUCUGGAUUAGUGGAAACCUUUGUCAAAGGAAUGGUGACUAUUUUCCAGAAAAAUGAGUCCACUGACACUGUGCUACUGGAAAGAAGUGGGAGAGUUUCACAGUGCUCCCACGGGGGCUCCCAACUGGAUUAUACUGAAUUGAGUGUUAAAAUAUCAGAGGAGAAGCUUUGGUCAACAGCUAAGAACAUCUGCGUCAGUAUGAAGAACACACUUAAGGAUUUCUUCACAGGGCUGAAGCCAUCCGAAUCCGAAAGGACAGAAAUGGCUUCUUCCAAAGAGACCCUUGGGGAAAUCCUGGUUGCUAUCCAGAGUGAAAUCUCAAACUUCGGGCGAAUGAAGGAUUCCAGGGAGCUCCUUCAGAUCAAUGAUAUGGUAGGAACUAUGCUGAAGGAGAUUGAGAAAAGUGAGGAUGACAGUGAACAAGUCUGCCAAGACAUCCCUCGAGCCUGUUCAUCUUUAUCCACUUCUUUAAAUGGUCGUAGUUCCUUGUCCAGCUCUUCAAAGGGUCCUAGGUCAGAGUGUGAGUUAGAGAUCAACCUCCCUGGCACUCCCAUCCCUGACGAAGUGCCUUUUGAUCUGACCUGCCCCAUCGUCAGGAGCUCCUGCAUCGACACCAGGGACUCUAAAAUGCCAGAGAUUUCUACAAGUGACCUAAAGACAAAGAUGAUGGCACACACAGAUGAACCCCUGCAUCGUAACAGUCCAAUGACUGACAGCAGCCGACCACCGAGUGCUAAAGUCUCUUUUCGAUCCUCCUCUCCGUAUUUUACCAGCAAGGGAACCUCUUUGGUACCAAAGGGAGAGGGGAUUGACAUUGAAGAGAAGGAGGUGUGUAUCCCCAGCAGCUCUGGCCAUCUGAGGGAGCUCUUAAUCAUCCCGGACAUCAGCAGUGCCACUGCAUUCCCACUGCAAGUCUCCCGCAUAACGACGGAGCAGAUAAAGCAGUACUGGGUAGAGCUGGUGGGGCUUUCAGAAUCCAGCCCCUGA